AUGGGUAUCUGUACAUCUUCACCAUUUAUGACAAAACAAAAUGGAACCAUAAUGAAUUUACCAGUUACAAAAGUAGCCAUGGUGAUUCAAAUGAACGGAAAACUUCAAGAAUUCCAGCAACCCAUUACCGCAGGCGAAAUACUUAUUCAAAACCCUGAUUUCUUCAUUUGUAGCUCUGAAGCCAUGAAUGUCAAUUCAUUAGUGCCUCAAUUGGCUAAAGAUGAAAUAUUGCAGCUUGGUCAGCUUUAUUUUCUUUUGCCAGUUUCAAAGUUAAACACUCCACUUUCUCUUCAAGAUAUGUGUGCACUUGCUGUUAAAGCAAGUACAGCUCUUAAUGACUAUUGUUAUUUGUCCACUACACUGUCAAAAUCAGGAAGGGGAUUCAAGAAAAUGCAAGAUUGUCAUACUAGGGAUUUGAACCCGAGACCUGAAGUUUUUGAAUCACCUUUACCACUAUAG